AUGUCCAAACCAAACGUUUUAGUCAUUGGUGCCGGUGGUGUCGGGGUCAUUGCCGCUUUGGCCUUGCAAUUGAAUGGUAAUUCAAAUGUCACGCUUGUUGUUCGAUCAGAGCACGAACUUAUCAAAAAUCAAGGUUACUCCAUUGAAUCAAAAUGCUACGGGGAAUAUGAAAAUUUUAAACCAGAUAAUAUCGCUAAAAGUGUUGAUGAAGCAAUGGAUAACUACGGUCCCUUUGAUUUUAUCGCGUUGACCACUAAAAACAUCCCUGAUGGGUCAAUGACUUGUGAAGACAUCGUCAGACCUGCAGUUACCGAUGGUAAAACAACCAUCAUCCUUAUUCAAAACGGUAUUGGUAUUGAUGAACCAAUGAUUGAAAGUUUCCCAAAUAAUGUUAUCUUAAGUGGGGUUUCUUUAAUUGGUUCUACUAAUUUGGGAAAUGGUAGAGUUUAUAAUUCUCAUUUUGAUACUUUAACAAUUGGUUAUUUUAAUAAUCCAAAUAUUUCAAAUUCAGUUUCAAUGUCAAAAGUUAAUGAAUUCAUUUCUUUAUACCAAAAUAAGGAUUUGUCUAAAAAUUUGGCUAAACUUGAUGAAAAUGUUAAACAUACAAGAUGGCAAAAAUUAAUUUAUAAUUCGGCUUUAAACACCGUAACUACAAUCGUUGAUUUAGAUGUUAAUAGAUGUCAAAUUAAUAAUUCUAAUAAAUCUUUAUUUGAACCUGCAAUGAGUGAAAUUAUUAAAAUUGCUAAAAGUGAAGGGGUUACUCUUGAUGAAUCAGUUAAAUCUAAAUUUAUGCAUAUUGGUGAUGGUUUGUUUUAUACUCCUUCAAUGUUGAUUGAUAGACGUAAAAAACAAUUAUUCGAAUUAGAAGUCAUCUUGGGUAAUCCUAUCAAAUAUGCCGAUAGAAAUGGGGUUGAUGCUCCUACUUUGAAAAUCUUAUACUCCCUAUUAACUAUGAUUCAAUUCAAAAUUAAAGAAGAAAUUGGAUUAGUCAAAAUUAAUGAAUCCGAUUUCAAAAAUAUCGAUAGUAAUGAUUAUCCUAGUCAUUUUGCUAAAAUCUCUCAUAAAUAG